AUGAGAGACUGAGUAGGAGGCUGAGCAUUUUGGGAAGGAGCAGCUGUUCCUUGUCACAGAGAGGCGAGGUUUGCCUGUUGGUUGCAAGAGGAAGUCAGAAUAGAGAUAUUGUGGGGUAGGUUUGCUUAGAACAGAAAUCAAAGAUCAACUUUUUUGAGAGAAAGAAACAACAUCUGAAAUGCUGUUUCUGCUGCUUGCAUUCCUGGUUGCUCUCCUCCCAGGUGGGGACACAGUUGAGUUCAAGAAGCCUAUCUCUUUUCAUGUCAUCCAGAUAUCAUCAUUUUACAACCGUUCCUGGGCAGAGAACUUGUUCUCAGGCUGGUUGGGUGAGCUGGAGAUUUAUCGCUGGGAUACAGAGUCUGGCAGCUUUGUUUUCCUAAGGUCUUGGUCCAAGGGCAACUUCAGCAGCAAGGAGUGGAUGGACUUGGGAGAGUUUCUUCAUACACAUCUCAUCAGUUUUACUCAGGAAACUUGGAAGUAUGCCCAUCAAUUGCAGGCGGAAUAUCCUUUUGUGUUGCAAGUGGCAGCAGGCUGUGAGCUGCACUCUGGGGAGGCCUCAGUAGGCUUUGUACAGGAAGCUUAUCAAGGCACAGAUCUUCUGAGGUUUCAGAAUAAUUCGUGGCUGCCGUCACCAGAGGGUGGAAGUAAGGCCCAGGACGUCUGCAGACUACUCAACAAGUAUGAAGGCCUCAAGGAAAGAGUACACUGGCUCCUCAGUGACACCUGCCCACGUUUUGUCUUGGGACUUCUUGAUGCAGGCAAGGCUGAUCUGCAGCGACAAGUGAGGCCUGAGGCCUGGCUGUCCAGUGGCCCCCGUCCUGGGCCUGGCCGUCUGUUGCUGGUGUGCCGUGUCUCUGGCUUCUACCCAAAGCCUGUGCAGGUGAUGUGGAUGCGGGGUAACCAGGAGCAGCCAGGCACCGAGCGAAGUGAUAUCCUGCCCAAUGCUGAUGGGACGUGGUAUCUCCGAGUUACCCUGGACGUGGAGGCUGGGGACGCGGCUGGCCUGUCCUGUCGGGUGACGCACAGCAGUCUAGGAGGCCAGGACAUCGUCCUCUACUGGGAACAUCACACCUCUAUCGGCUUCAUCCUCCUGACAGUAAUAGUGCUCCUGGUUCUUCUGGCAGGCCUUGCAAUUUGGUUUGGGAAGCGAUGGACACAUAACUGCUCUCCUUGCACUGUUGCCUCUUUGAAAUGAGAACCUAGCAACCCAGCAACUUGGAGUAUACCUGAACACAACAUGACAAUGACGUCUUUAAUUCCCUCUAUAAAACUUUUAUUGUUGUUUAUUUAUGUUUAAUGAUCAGUUUUCAAUACCAGAUGUAAUGUAGCUGGAUUUGUUGUUCUGACCUGGGUUCUGGAAUUUUAAAAUUCACGUUUUAGCUCUUAGUAGAAUGGUUCUUAGCAGCCUUCUCCUGUUCAGAUGCUAGUGGGUCAUCAGGCUUAUUUCAGAUGUCACUUCCUCCAGAAGUCCUUCCCUGAUUCUCCAGUGGGAAGCAGUUUCUCCAUAGUCUGAGCUCCUGCCGCUUCCACAAUGUAUUUUGCUAUCUGUACUCCUUACACUUUAUCGACUUUUUUGCAAGUAUGUACGUAAUUUCCCCUACUACCUUUACAACUAAAGUUCAGCUUUUAAAUAUAUAUAUAUAUAUAUAUAUAUAUAUAUCCAGGGUGAAGUGCCUUGUCUGCAUUUCACUCAUUAAAAUAUGUCAAAUUUGGGGCUGGCUCCGUGGCAUAGCAGGUGAAGCCACUGCCUACAGUGCUGGCAUCCCAUGUGGUCCAGCUCUCUGCUAUGGUCUGCAAAAGCAGUAGAAGAUGUCCCAGGUCCUUGGGACCCUGCCCCUGCAUGGGAGCCUAGAAGAAGCGCCUGGCUCCUGGGUUCGGAUCUGCUCAGCUCUGGCCAUUGAGGCCAUCUGGGGAGUGAACCAAUGGUUGGAAGACCCCCGACCCUGCCUCGCCUCUGCCUUUCUAUAACUCUGACUUUCAAAUAAAUAAAUAAAUCAUUAAAAAAUGUUAAA